ACUCACACACCGGAAGACUAGAAGACGCCAGUGGUAAGUCAAACUAGCGUGGGCUCCAUCUCACCAACUCGAGGGAGAUCGCCGGAGUCGUUGCCGGAGUCGCUUCUCGAGAAAAAUUAAAAAGCUCAUUCAACGGCGACCACCGCCACCUUCUUCUACACGUCAACCACGCGUCGCACACCAAAUUCCCAUUUCUUCCUCCCCUUUUAACCCCUCAAUUCCUACUCACACGGCUUCUAGGUUUUCUAAUUCCACACUUCUCUCCUUUUCUUUCCUCCCAUGGCCGCCGUGUCUUCUUUCACCUUCCUCUUUUACUUCUUUGUAAUAGCCUUUUUUGCACCGGAGGAGAGUUAUGCAUCGCCGGCGUUUGGGUUCGACAUGCACCACCGAUUCUCCGAUCGGGUCCGACAGUGGAUGAAGUCGAUGCCGAGGGACCUUCCCGGCGGCUGGCCGGAGAAGGGAACAGCGGAAUACUACGCUGCGCUUGUAGGGCAUGACCGCGGCCGAUCGCUCGCCGAGGUGGCUCCUAAGCUGGCCUUCUCAGAUGGGAACGAGACCGUCAGGAUCAAUUUGCUUGGAUUCUUGCAUUACGCUGAGGUUUCACUGGGUACUCCAAAUGUCACGUUUCUGGUGGCGUUGGAUACGGGGAGCAAUUUAUUCUGGGUGCCAUGUGAUUGCACCAGCUGUGCACCGACUAGUUCAGAUAGCAACGGUUUGGGGGUUGAGCUGCAUAAUUACAGUCCCAGUGUAUCUACAACCAGCCAAAAUGUUCCUUGUAACAGUACUUUAUGCGCUUAUCGAAACCAUAAUGGAUGUCCUAGAGGGGAAGAUGUUUGUCCAUACAUUGUUGAAUAUGUAUCUGCUCAGACCUCAUCUUCUGGGUAUUUAGUGAAUGAUGUCUUAUACUUAACUACUGAAGAUAGCAAGCCUGAGGUCGUCAAGGCGCCAAUAGUAUUUGGGUGUGGACAAAUCCAGACUGGUUCAUUUUUAGGUGAUGCUGCUCCAAAUGGCCUUUUCGGGCUUGGGAUGGACAAUUUAUCCGUUCCUAGUGUUUUAUCAAGUAGGGGCCUCACAUCAAAUUCCUUUUCAAUGUGCUUUGGACGUGAUGGUUUUGGGAGAAUUAAUUUUGGAGAUCAAGGAACCUCAGAUCAACAGGAAACCUCAUUCAAUGUAAAUGAAAAAAACUCUAUAUAUAAUAUCAGCAUAACUGGAAUUGAGGUUGGCAAUAGCUCCAGUGAUGUAAGCUUUAGUGCUCUGGUUGAUUCGGGAACCUCAUUCACAACUUUGGCAGAUCCUGCCUACACAAAACUCUCCGAGAGUUUUAACACGGAGCUUAAAAGAACACGAGCAAAUGCUGACUCUAGCAUCCCUUUUGAGUACUGUUAUUACUUAAGUUCUAAUGAAUCUGUCAUCCAUUUACCGGCUAUUAAUUUCAUCACUCAAGGUGGAAGCAAAUUUCCAGUUAAUUAUCCUGUAAUUUUCAUAUCCAAUCAACAGCAGCGUGAUUUUAUGUAUUGCUUGGCUCUUGUCAAGAGUAGCAAACUGAAUAUCAUCGGGCAGAAUUUCCUAACCGGCCUUCGCGUCGUGUUUGAUCGCGAGAGAAUGAUUCUUGGUUGGAAGAAAUUUAACUGUUAUAAUAUUGAGGAUUCCAAUCCCCUCCCUGUGAAUCCAAAAAAUUCCUCAGCUCUUCCUCCACCACCUACUUUAGGACCAAACGGUUACAGUCCGGAAGCCACAAAACAGACUGGAAAUGGUACUCAGGCACUGAUCCUGAGGAGAUAUAGUGGUUUAGAAGAAAAGUAUACAAUGAAGAAGGGUUCAUCAAUAGAAGAUCAUAGGCAUACUUGUCGACAAGUGGAGCUAUCUGUGCUAAAGUUGGCAAGGUCAAAGUGGAUCGAGUCACGAAGCAAACAAAAGAGAACUGAAUGAUCCAACCAUGAACCAUUCGGUCAGAAACAAUAUGAAGAAGCUAUCCAAGCAAAUCACUAUGGGAAAGACAAAUGUGAUAGCUUGCCUUCCAGUUAAGCCAACCUGAGGGAAGAUCUGGUUCCUAGGUAUCUCCAACUGUUACAGGGAUGCCCAGGGAAUCCUCAUCAAGAGUCAAGGAUUGACAGUUCGGCCAUAUCAAUCAAGUUCGGCUGACUGAGUAAUCUUAGCUGACCAACCUAAUCCUGCCAACCAAUGUUAGCUAACCGAGCCAAAACACAAUCGGAUGAUAAGCUCAUAUAUGUAAAAUACAAAAAAUACCUAAUACAUACCUCUUUAAAGUAGGAGGCGAAAAUGUAAUAUAAUCACAUUGUCAUUUUAUGAAUAAAACAUGGUAUUUUAUUAUUGUAACCUAAUACAUGUUUAUUCACAUUCGGCCAUAUCAUUGUCAUUUUAU